AGUUAAUGUAUUUUAUAGAACUGGCAAUACUUUUUAUAUCGACAUAGGACGCCAGAAGAGAAUAUUCAAGAAAAAAUUUAAUUCAGUUUGUUUUCACCUGGUUUCGAAAGACUCUGACUUCGAAGAUGAGUUGCCCUUUCAAUGAUGAGCAAUUAAUGCAGUUGCAAGUAUUUAUUGAGUUAUGUAAAACUCAACCACAAAUUAUACAUCAUCCGAGGCUAUCGUUUUUCAAAGAUUACCUAGUAUCGCUUGGAGUUACACUUCCGACGGCUACUUUUGGCACCAAGCACUUCACUCCUUCCGGGGAUGGGGGUCAAAAUGAAGCGGGAGAAAAAGCCCAGACCUCAUCAGAAGAAGAAACUGAGCCGGAAUCAGAUGUGGAACUUGAUAUGGAUGGUGUAGUAGAAGGUGAUACAAUUGGCAAUGAUCAAUUGAUGGGUGAUUGUGACAAAGAACCAUCUGAUGAAGACCGUGAUCAGUCUGAUGAGAAGCGUUCAGAAGCGAUGCGAGCCUUCUCCGACCAACAGUUUGAGGAAGCUAUCAAGUUGUAUACUGAAGCCAUUCAACUUAAUCCGCAGAGCGCUUUAUUGUUCGCUAAGAGAGGACAGGUGUAUUUAAAACUGAACAAGCCAAAUGCUUGCAUUAACGACUGCACCCGAGCUCUGGAGUUGAAUUGUGACAGUGCUGCUGCUUAUAAAUUCAGAGGACGUGCUUACAGGUUGCUGGGCAAAUUCGAAGAAGCUUCCCAUGACCUGUGUGAAUCUCUCAAGAUUGAUUACGAUGAUCAAACCAAUGAAUGGUUGAAUGAUGUCAAGCCUAAUGCUGAAAAGCUGCGUCAACAUAAACUCAGUGUUCAGCGCAAAAAGGAGGAGAAAGAGCACCGUGAGAAGUUGCGUAGAGUUCGCAAGGCUCAAGAGGCCAGGUCUAAGGCGGCGAAGGCACAAGCGCAGGCCAACGCUCAGUCCGCUCCUACCGGUGGCAUGCCCGGUGGCAUGGGGGGUGGCAUGCCCGGAGCCGGCCCAUUCCCCCAGGGCUUCGCCGCUAACGACCUAGGCAGCCUUUUGAUGGAUCCCGAAAUUAUCACUGCAUUCCAGGAUCCCGAAGUGAUGGCUGCAUUCCAAGAUUUAUCUACAAAUCCAGCUAACUUCGCUAAGUACCAGAGUAACCCGAAGAUAGCUGCGGCCAUUCAGAAACUGCAAACUAAACUUGGAAAAGGUGGUUCCAUGCCAUUUGGUGGUGCAGCUUUUGGAAAAGGAGCCACUGAUGAUGAUGUUGGUCUCGACUGAGAAUUGAAAAUUACCUUUAAAAUUGACGAAAAUAUUUAUCAUUACUUCUUUUAGAUUAGCUAUUCACUUUUACCAGUUGUGCAAAAUUUAUUACAUAUAAAUUAAGGAGUGCCCUUAAAAUGCAUUUAUGUGAAAUGAGGUCGGUGGAGGGAAUGGUGCCUAAAGUUUGCUCAUAUUUAUAAUUAUAUAGUAAAGUAAAUACAGAAAAUAUUACAUUCAUGUAAAUAAUGUAACUCAAAAAUUAUCAUCACAGUUCCUAAAAUUUGAUUUGCGAAAUAUGCUUUUAAUUAUGCUGUGAAAAAAAAAAUGUUUUCGUCCAAUAAUACUACUUGUAGAUUUUCAUUGAUUUAAUUGUUUUAGCCAUAUUAAAUCUUUAGUGUGCAAUUCAGUGCAAUUUUAAUGGAGUAUUUUUGUGUUUUUAAUCCAUAGACAGGCACUUGCCAUGGGUAUAGAAAAACUUAAACAUUGUUUUUGUAUAAACUGACAUAAAAUGCUUUUGAAAAAAAAGUCGACAGUGGGAACCAAAGAGUAUAGGAAGAAAUACUCUAGUCAAAAAAAAAUCUGUGUCAUAAUAAUAUUUUAUAAAUUACAAUAUAAAUUUUAUUAAGUCAUGAAUUUGGUGCUACACUAUGCGAAAAGUAUCUUGUCUUAUAACUUGGACUUUACAUGUGCCUGUUUAUGUAUUAAUUAACGGCAAUAAUUAUUAUGUAAAAAGAAUGUGUUCUAUGAAAUAAAUAAUUUUCAAGUUUUAUCUUAAUUGGUAUUAAAUUUUUUCUUUACCAAAAAGGCUGAAGGAUUCUUGAUGUCACUUAAUUUAAGAGUUUAUUAAUGCUUUUAGUAGUUUUUUUUACUAAUUUUCAUUUAAAUUUUAGUCAUAUAACGAUUUUUCUUUAUAUAAAUCAUACAUUUGUGUACUGGCUGACCAUACUUAUAAAUUUUAUUUUUAACAGUUAAUAAAAGUAAUUUAAAAUGUAAA